AUGUGGCUUCUAGACAAACUGCGUGGCUCCGUGGAGAGCAGCAGGACGCAGUCCCAACCUCAGCAGGCACCUGACACCAUCCCUGUUUCUGUUUACACCAACAUCCUGACGCCAGACAAGAUCCCCGAUUUCUUCAUCCCCCCCAAACUUAUGUGCUGCCCCCCAGAACCAGAGUCCCUCACCCCGGAGUCCCAGCGCCCAUCUACCCUCCGGCCCUCGGCGUCCGACCACGCCAUCUGCAGCCAGAGCCCCAGGGCCCGCAGCGGUAAGAGCCCUUGCAGCCCACGUCUCUUCUCCCGCUGGUCUGGGGACGCCCGCAACCUCCAGAAGUCGGCCAAUCGUCACAUCAUCCAGAUUGAGAGUGUCGAUGAUCCCGGGGCUGGUUUUUCGGACAAGAGCAAUGUUGUGGUCAACACCAAUGCAGACCCUCAGUCCCAGACGGCCAUGUCUCUGCCCUAUGUCCCAAAGGCGCAGACCUCCUACGGCUUCUCCACCCUGAUGGAGUCGCCCCACACCCGACGCAAGGAGAGCCUGUUCCACAGCGACCCCAACAGCCCCUUCACCUCCCCUAAUUCCCAGAGGCGCGCCCAAGGGGGGACUCAUCUCGCCCCCGCUGACCCCAACCCCUACCGGUACUUCAGCGGUGGAGAGAGCGACACGUGCUCCUCGGCGGAGUCCUCCCCAUUCACCUCCCCUCUCCUCUCCCGCUCUGCCUCCCUCCUCCGUUCCAUCACCCAGGAGACACAAGCUAAGAUGUCUCGGGCCAAACGCUCGCUGGCGCGUCACAGCUCCCUCUCCACCGAUGAGUGCAGCUCGGCCGACAACAGCCCCAGCGUGCAGCGCCGCCGCCUGCGCUGCCCUCCCUCCCCAGCCUUCCGCGGCUUGAUCAGAAGCAGCUCCAGGGGGGCGGGGCCGGAUGUGCUGCAGCGGGAGCACACCGUCAACCUCCACAAGGGGGGGACGCUGAGACUCAGCACCCACUACGACGCGGAGGCCGCCCGGCUGCGUGUGCGUGUGCUGGCGGCCGAGGACCUCUACGACAGGAAGACCGACACAAAGAGCAUCAACUGCUGCGUGGCGCUCUACCUGAACCCGGGCAAGCAGCAGAAACAGAGGAGCACCAUCAUAAAGAACAGCAGGAACCCGGUGUUCAACGAGGAUUUCUUUUUCGACACGCUGUCCCCGGCACAGGUGAAGAGUCUGGCCAUGAAGAUGAAGGUGGUGAACAAAGGGACCAGUCUGAAGAGGGACGUGCUCCUGGGAGAGAGGGAGGUGCUGCUCAGUGAGCUGCUUUCAGCUUCCUAA